CUGAUCUAUCUGCACCCUGUAUCUAUAUUAUCUCUCCAUCAUGGAUGUAAAAACAUUUGUGCUCUUUGCUUUAAUAUUCUCAUUAAUAAUGGUAGAAGCGACUAAAGUUCAGAUUCAAGCCACAGGUGUGUCCGAUGAUGGAGAAGGGCUGAGCUUGGCUGACCACCAACCACUUCUAACCCUCCACGGACCUCAUCAUAUAGCUGGAAAAGACGACGGCAAGCUGAUAGGCACUGAUGAGGUCCCGGCCGUCGUCCCUGAUUCCGGCGAUCUGGUGAUUCCGGUGGUGGCUGAAAGCCCUUUGGCGGCGGCGGAUAUAGAGAAUAAGCAGGUGCAGCUUGGUCGUCGCAUCCUAGUUGCGGCGGUGGAGUCCAAUUCCAGCGCUGCCCCCGGCUAUUAGCUAGCUAGCUGCAAUACU